CCUCGGCGCGGGCUGCUGGAGCUGCCUAGGAGCCGGGGCGCCCUGCAGUUCGCUGCCCCUCUCCGCAGGGGCGCAGCCGCGCGCACCCGGCGCUUCUCCCCACCUGCAGCCCCUCCUCCUGCCGCUGCCGGACGGGUAAAACGCGGUCCUUGCCCUUCCUGGGCCUCCUCUGGUCCCAUCUGUCCCCGGGCCCCACUGCCCGACAUCCCCUCUCCCCUCUUCUUUCCUUCCUCUCAGUCCUCCCGCUCGUCUCCUCCCCGGGCUUGGCCUCCCAUUCAUUCCGUCCGCUCCCUCCCCUUCCCUCUUGGCUGCUGGGGCCCUCUCCCCCAGAGCUUUCCCGCCCGGACCUAGCUGCAUUCUCGGGGUUCUUGGCACAUUUAUGGAAGUUUAAGGCCUGUACGGUGGUCCCCUAGUCCGGCCUGAGCGCAGCCCCAGCUGCUAUCGGGGAAGAGGAAGAUGUCUGUGCUCAGGCGGAUGAUGCGGGUCUCCAAUCGCUCCCUCCUGGCCUUCAUCUUCUUCUUCUCCCUCUCCACGUCUUGUCUCUACUUCAUCUAUGUGGCUCCAGGCAUCGCCAACACAUACCUCUUUAUGGUACAAGCUCGAGGCAUAAUGUUGAGAGAAAAUGUGAAAACAAUAGGACAUAUGAUCAGGCUGUACACAAAUAAAAACACUACACUGAAUGGUACAGAUUAUCCUGAAGGCAAUAAUUCAAGUGAUUAUCUCAUUCAAACAACAACGUAUCUUCCAGAAAACUUCACUUAUUCACCAUACCUCCCCUGCCCAGAAAAACUGCCUUACAUGAGGGGAUACCUCAAUGUCAAUGUAAGUGAAGUCAGUUUUGAUGAAAUUCAUCAACUCUUCUCCAAGGAUUUAGAUAUUGAACCAGGAGGUCAUUGGAGGCCUAAAGACUGUAAACCUAGGUGGAAGGUGGCAGUUCUUAUUCCUUUCCGUAAUCGCCAUGAACAUCUCCCAAUUUUUUUCUUGCAUCUGAUUCCAAUGCUUCAGAAACAGCGACUAGAAUUUGCCUUUUAUGUCAUUGAACAGACUGGUACACAGCCCUUUAACCGUGCAAUGCUUUUCAAUGUGGGCUUCAAAGAGGCCAUGAAAGACAGUAUAUGGGACUGUGUGAUAUUCCAUGAUGUGGAUCAUCUACCAGAAAAUGACCGAAAUUAUUAUGGAUGUGGAGAAAUGCCUCGUCAUUUUGCAGCAAAGCUGGAUAAAUACAUGUAUAUUCUUCCAUAUAAAGAGUUUUUUGGUGGUGUAAGUGGACUGACAGUGGAACAAUUUAGAAAGAUCAAUGGUUUUCCUAAUGCCUUUUGGGGAUGGGGAGGAGAAGAUGAUGACCUUUGGAACAGAGUUCACUAUGCAGGAUAUAAUGUAACAAGGCCAGAGGGAGACUUGGGAAAAUACAAGUCUAUUCCUCAUCACCAUCGAGGUGAAGUCCAGUUCUUAGGACGGUAUAAAUUACUAAGAUAUUCAAAAGAGCGUCAGUACAUCGAUGGGUUGAACAAUUUAAUAUAUACGCCAAAAAUACUGGUUGAUAGGUUGUAUACAAAUAUAUCUGUAAACCUCAUGCCAGAGUUAGCUCCAAUUGAAGACUAUUAAAGAAGUAGCUCUUGUGGAUCACAGUGCGGAUCAUAAACUUGUAGUGAACUCUUAACGGAGGUCAGAGUGGAUGUGCCGCAGUGCCCUGCUCUGGGAGGAGGCCCCGAGCUUCCUCUGUGCUCACGGUGUGGGGUUAUGCAUGGCUCAACUUCUUCCACUCGCCCUCUGCUCUGAGACACUCCCAUGGCGAGCACUGCAGACCCGUGUCAUUGCUUGAAAGACUGGAAGUUAAGAGAGCGCUCCCACAAAGAGAAAAUUUUUAUACCCAAAUCUAAUUUAAUUGAAGAGAAUGCUUUAUUUCUGUUUAAACAUAUUUUGUACAUAUGUGAUGUAAAUUAAUGUGUUCAAAUUGUUGAAAAAUAAGAUGUGUUGCAGAUUUGCAUGUAAUUGAUUAUGCCUUUAUUGGACUUUUAUAGGCAUUUUUUUAUUUGCAUGGAAAAAGAGAAAAUGUAAUUUAUGUUACUAAACAAAGGUUAAUCCUUGUGUGAGAUGAAGGAACUGUCAAUAAUUGACAGCCAAAUAAUACAGUAAACUGUAAUACUAGUUUUGAGCUUUAGACCAUCAGCCUUUUGUAUGGAAGAAGUCACAGCGCUUAGGGUUUUAAAGAGUAAGAAGAAAAGGUUUAAAUAACUUUUCUUCCUUACUAGGAUUUCCUAUAUUUUCCUUGCUUGCAAUCUCACCAGAUUUUGCUAAAUCACAACCAUAUUGUUUAUGCAUAUUGCAUGAGUAUUGACAAGAAAAUCUUUAAAGUUGUGAUGUGACAUGAUAUAAUGGACUUCUUUAUGUCUUUCAUGUACCUCUGGUAUAAAUGUCAGGGAUUUUUGUGCCUCAAAAAAUGUUCCCACGGUUUUUUGUGUUUGUAUGCUAUUUUUUUUUAAAUUCAUAGCAAAUAGCACUUUUAUUAUUUACAGUUCAGAAAGCCAAAAAAAAAAAA